AUGCAGGGCACAGGAGCAUACAGUAACUCAAGCGAUAAUUUGUUAUUUAAUUUUUCAAAGCCUUUGAAUGAAAAAGUUCUCUUGUUGCAGGUCCUGGUUGGGAUUUUCCUCUGUAUAAACUGCUUGAUGAUAUUCACAUUUCUGAAAAAGGAUGUUUUUAGGGAAGAAACUCGGUACGUUUUGUUUGCACAAACCUUAUUUGUGGACUCUGCUCUUAUGCUGUUCACUGACUUGCUAGUGGUUGGAACUUUCUAUCAUUAUGCCAUGCACAUAAUUCCUUGCAGUAUUGUUUGUACAUUUUUGACUUUUCUUUCCUCCUGUACCCCGUUCACUUUGGCAGCUAUGUGUCUGGAACGCUAUGUCGCUAUAUGCAUGCCUUUGAGACAUGCUGACAUCUCCACAGGCAGGACUAGAUUAUAUGGACUUCUUAUCAUAUGGGGUAUCAGUUCUAUAAUUCCAUUGUUUACCUUGAUUGGAUAUUGGGCAUCUGUCCCAAGUGCAGCACAGUACUCUUAUGCAGUGUGUGUUGUGGAGCUAAUGUUAGGGGAUGCAUGGCAGGCACAUGGGCGUUCUGUUCUUUUUGCCAUCCUUUUCCUUUUUUUGAUCCUUAUCAUUGUCUUCACCUACAUCAAGAUAAUGAUUGCAGCCCGAGCUGCUUCCUCUGAAAAGAGGAAAUCAACCAAUAAGAGUCUCAAAACUGUGCUGCUUCAUGCAUUUCAGUUGUUUCUGUGCAUAAUGCAGUUUUUAAACCCAUACAUAGAAAUGGCAUACUGGAAGGUUGAAAACCAGAUCCUUCGGAAUAUAAAAUAUUCUGUGUUUAUUGUUUUUAUGAUUGCACCACGUUGUCUUAGUCCAUUGAUAUAUGGUCUCAGAGAUGAAAAGUUUUUUAAUGUUUUAAAACAUUAUGCCAUGUGUGGGGUUUACAUCAUCAAUAAACAUAAACCUAAAGCCACAAUGACAGCAUUAUGA